CGUCUUUGGGAGUUAAAUAGAUACCUCAGUCCACCAGAUCCUUACUAGAAAGCUUUAAAAACUAGGUUCUCAAGCUUCAACCACUAUGACCUGGCCCCGCCCACGAGGUCGGCCGGCAAAGCCCCUCCCAUCAGGUGGCCCCGCCCCCUGUCCGGGCGCCUGGGCAGGGCGGGGUUGGCCCGCCGGCCGCCCUUCCCGCUUCCUCCCGCCGCAGGCCUCGGCGGUGCCCAGCGCGCGCCCUGCCGCCUCGCUUCCUCCGCCGGCCGGGAGAGGACCGGUCAGGGCUGCUGGGCUCAGCCGUGUGCCGAUGGAAGGGACGGAGGCCCGACAGCGGAGGCUGGAAGGCUGUAGUAGGCCGAAGGAACUGGGGCCAUCCCCCGACCACAGUGCAGGAAGACUCUCCGAGGCUUCCGAAGAUGGACAUCAGGAGGUCUCUGAGAGCCAAAAUGUGGAUGCCAAAUCACUGGAGGCCCAGCACAGCCGAGAGAGUGCCUUGGUCAUUGGCUUUCAGGUGCUAUUACCCUUCCUGUUUGCAGGCCUGGGGCUCUCCUGGGCUGGCUUGCUUCUAAACUAUUUCCAGCACUGGUCAGUGUUCCAGGAGGUUAAAGAUCUGCUGACGUUGGUGCCGCCCCUGGUGGGUCUGAAGGGAAACCUGGAGAUGACAUUGGCGUCUCGGCUCUCUACGUCUGCCAACACUGGGCAGAUGGAUGACCGCCAGGAGAGGUACAGAAUCAUCAGCAGCAACCUCGCUGUGGUUCAGGUGCAGGCCACUAUUGUGGGGCUCCUGGCCGCACUGGCCUCCCUGCUGCUGGGCAUGGUAUCCCGAGAGGAGUUGGAUUGGACUAAGGUGGCAGUGCUGUGCACUAGUAGCGUCAUCACUGCCUUCCUCGCGGCCUUGGCCCUAGGAAUUCUAAUGAUCUGCAUAGUGAUUGGUGCUCGGAAGUUUGGGGUCAAUCCUGAUAACAUCGCCACGCCCAUUGCAGCCAGCCUGGGAGACCUCAUCACGCUGUCCAUCCUGGCCCUGAUAAGCAGCUUCUUCUACAGGCACAGAGAAACAUGGUAUCUGACGCCGCUGGUCUGUGUCAGCUUCAUGGCUCUCACCCCUCUGUGGAUCUUCAUUGCCAAGCAGAACCCACCCAUCAUGAAGAUCCUGAAGUAUGGGUGGUUCCCCAUCAUCCUGGCUAUGGUCAUCAGCAGUUUCGGAGGCCUCAUCUUAAGCAGAACCAUUUCUAAACAUCAGUUUAAAGGCAUGGCUGUCCUGACUCCCGUCAUAUGUGGUGUUGGUGGCAACCUGGUGGCCAUUCAGACCAGCCGCAUCUCCACCUUCCUGCACAUGUGGAGCACACCUGGGGUCCUCCCCGUCCAGAUGAAAAGAUUCUGGCCUAACCCAUGCCUCAUUUUCUGCUCCUCAGAAAUCAACUCUGUGUCAGCUCGAGUCCUGCUCUUUCUGGUGAUCCCAGGACAUCUGAUCUUCUUCUACCUCAUCUGCCUGGUGGAGGGCCAGGCAGUGACAAGCAGCAAGAUCUUUGUGUUCCUGUACCUGGUAGCGGCCAUAAUCCAGGUGGUGAUCCUGCUGUACCUGGCAGAAGUGAUGGUCCGGCUGACCUGGCACCAGGCUCUGGAUCCCGACAACCACUGUAUCCCCUACCUCACGGGCCUGGGGGACCUGCUGGGCACUAGCCUUCUGGCACUGUGCUUCCUCCUGGACUGGCUGCUGACGGGCAGAGCUGACCUUGCAGAGCUGGUUUCAGAGCUGGUUUCUGUGCCUCCCUGACUGAGACUGCCACCUGCAGGUCUCCAUGGGACUUUCCCUCAUGUCCUCAGUGUCCAGCAGGCUGUUCUCCUGCCGUGGCCUCAAGCUGCUAGAUAUCUGCCUGGGCAGUGGCCUCAUCAGUCUGCCAAGGAGACAUGCACACACCUUGAUUCUGAAGUUGGUAGCUGAGCCCGAGGUGCAACCCUGACAUCAUGAGUUCUGCUUGCAAGUGUGACUGAGUAUGUGUGCCUAGCGUGUGUGUGUGACUGAGUAUGUGUGCCUAGCGUGUGUGUGUGUGUGUGUGUGUGUGUGUGUGUGUGUGUGUGUGUAUCUAGGGCAGGCUGUUCUAACCUGAAGAUGCUGAGGAAGGAGCCUGUCACUGCAACCUGAAUCGAGUGGAGCAGGAUGGAACUCGUCCUGUGUCCCCAGGACUACCCAUGCCUUGACUUUGCUGCCAUCACUGGGCUCAGCUCCCUGGACCCACACUACUAGUGCCCUGGGCCCAGUGACCAUGCACUUUCACCCCAGGCAGGCCCUGCGUAGUACCCUCAUCUACCCCAGCGUCUAACCUCGUGGCUGCUUUCUUUUUAUUUCCCCCUUUCUCUGUUUUAUAGCAGAACCCUCUGUUUAGGUUCUGGUGAUCAAGAGUCAUAUAUAUAAUAAAGCAUAGCUGACAUUGUA